UACCCCCCACGUAAAGCUCCCAUAUACCCGCCAACCUCGACGCAAGAUGUCGCACAUAACCCCAUACCUACUAGAAAAACCAAGUAAUUCUUCACGCCAGUCCGUUUCGACAAGAUCUGGGGCAUCUACUUGGGAAACCACCGACCCAUCUGACGUCCCUCCGCCUGCAUACGAGGAACACUACUCCCCUCCGUCAAAUGCGAGUGCUGCAUUCAAGGAUGCGCCCCAUACCGCAGCCGGCUCGUCAUACAUGCUAGACAAACCAGCAGGCCCGCCCAUGCAUAUCUCGCCCUACGCGCCCCCACCUGACGCGCCGUCCUCGUCGAAGAAUGCAGCCCCCAGCAUGCACACGGUCCGGUCCUCCAGCUCCACUGACAGCGGCGCGGUUGAGCUGCUCAAUCCGCCACCCGCGUCCUUCGCGCGUACGCCGCCACCGACGCUCAGCUACGCCCCCUUCCCGCCGACCGCACUGCUCUCGUACAGCAGCGACCUUGUGGAAGGGUUUCCAGGGCUGGCGCCACCGAGCAUCCUGGUGCCCCAUCCGUUCGCGGCGCACGACGUGAACGAGGGCGACUGGCUGCGAUUUCUCGGGGACAUGCAGGCGGCGGCGCACCUCGCGCCCGGGAGCAAGUUUGUGGCGACCAUAGCGCCAGCAGCGAUGCGGAUACCCCUUCCACUCACUGCCAUGCUCGUUUCGAAAGGGAUUGAUGUACACUUGAAGAACAGGAAGAAGGGGCCCGUCGGCGACGUGAUCGACCAGUGGAAUCACUGCUUCUUCCACCCUCGACGCAUGCAUGUCGUGCUCGCGCAGGGCAAGAUAAGUUACUCCGGACCCGAGGCGCCGCCGCCCGACAUGGUGCGGGGUUCCUCCCGCACCGCGCACGCGUUGGCCGAGGACGAUGCUUAUGAAGACGAUAACUACAGCGACCGCGCGUCGGUCAUAUUUGACGAGGCGAUGCAGAAGCCCAAGAGCUGGGGUGCAGCAUACAAACACCAGAAGCAGCGCCGGCGGGACUGGAGCCGGUCGACGGGGGAGAAGUGGCGGAUCGUUGUCGCGUUCAGAGAUUUUGUGCUCUAG